GUAAGUGAGAACAUAAGAAGACAACAAAGCUUUUCAGAAAUGAGCACUUCGUUUAGCUGAUCUUGCCUCAUAGAACUUAGAGUUUUUUCUUUUAUACAACAUUAGUGCCACAUUCUGCCAUUUGCAAUGGACAAUCAGCCGGUGUACAAAAAUUCAAACUUAGCUAGGGAUUCUGCCAUUGAAAGGUCAUCACCCUCUUCUCUUUGUCAGAAUGUUUGUCAGGGUCCAUGUCAGCAUAGAUUUGCUCUGAAACUUGGCUGUGCUGGGAUUAUUCUUCUUGCCUUGACUGUGAUUGGGUUGAAAAUUUCAGUGAUACUCUUAAUACAAAACUCAUCAAAAGGAAAAAGCAGUGUGGAUUCCCAAGAAAAGAGGACGGAAACAACAGAGAGACCAGUUCUGUUAACGUGCCCAAUGCAUUGGCAACAAAUCCGACAUAAAUGCUUAUAUCUUCAUGAAACUUCCAAAUCUUGGAAUGACAGUCUAGCUGACUGUUCCACAAGAGAAUCCAGUCUACUGCUUAUUCAAGAUCGGGAAGAAUUGAGACUCAUACAAAACCUGAUAAACGAAGAAGGAAUUCUGUUUUGGAUUGGAUUAAAUUUUACAUUAUCAGAGAAGAGCUGGAAGUGGGUAAAUGGAUCCUUUUUAAACUCUAAAAUAUUACCCAUUUUUGGUGAUGUUAAAGAAGGCUGCUGUGUUUACCUAUCAAAGACACAAUGUAUUUCUGAUUACUGUGCUGCAAAAAAUAGAUGGAUCUGCCAAAAAGAACUAAAACCUGUCAGAAACAAAGGAAUAUAUUCUUCCAAUUGACUAGACAUCCCCUUCCAUCUCUUUAAUUUCUAUUUCAUAUCUCUGUCAUUUUAACUGUAUAUAUUGUCAUAGUGGCUCCAUGCGCAUUUUGUGGUACAAAGUGAAUACACACUGAGAAUUCUAAUUUUUGUGAAUUUUACAAAAGUUCAUGUCUAACCUCCUCAUUAAAUAACUGAGAAAACAUAUACCUAAAGAAAAGAUGUCUCAGGGCAUGUGCUCGGGAGUCAGAUAGGUGGAUCAUAUGGUAGUUCUAUUUUUCAGUUUUUUAAGGAACUGCCAUACCGUUCUCCGUAGUGGCUGUAUCAAUUUACAUUCCCACCAGUAGUGCAGGAGGGUUCCCUCUCCUCCACACGCUCUCCAGCAUUUCCUGUUUGUAGAUUUUGUUCAUGAUGGUCAUUCUGACGGGUGUGUUAGUGUUGACAUAAAUACACAACCAUAUGUAAAAUGGAUAGCUAGUGGGAAGCUGCUAUAUAGCACAGAGAACUGAGCUCAGUGCUCUGUGAUGACCUAGAACAGUCUGAUGGGGAGGGGUGCAGGCAGAAGGCUCAGGACGGAGGGGAUAUAUAUAUAUAUACUUAUAGCUGAUUCACUUCAUUGUACAGCAGAAGCUAACACAACAUUGUAAAAUAAUCCAUUCUCUGGACUCUUAAAUCGGAGAUCCAUUACUAAAGGAAUUUGGGGAAAGGAACUUAACUCUUCCCCAUCAUUGCAAAGUUCUUUUCAUUUUCAUUUUAUCCCUGCUUUUUUUAAAAUUAAAUUUUAUUGGAGUGUAAUUGCUUUAUAAUGUUGUGUUAGUUUCUACUGUACAGCAAAUUGAACCAGUCUUACGUAUACAUUUAUCCCUUCCCUUUAGGACUUCCUUCCCACAGUGCAUUAAUUAGAGUUCCAUAUGCUAUGCACUGUGCACCAGGUACCAAUUUCUUUUUGGCAGUAGAUACCAAUUUCAGGAGGACAAUUUUUCCACCAACCAGGGAGGGAGUUAUGGUUUCAGGAUGAUUCAAGUGCAUUACAUUCACUGUACAUUUGUUUAUUUAUUUCUAUUAUCAUUAUAUCAGCUCCAUCUCAGAUCAUCAGACAUUAGAUAUGGGA